CAACUUCCUCAAGACAGUAGGGGUGAAGGGAAAUCGUAGGUUUAUUUUCACUUGUUCUGCGGAGGAUCAGUCUAUUUACUUCCAAGUCAAUCAAAAUGGUUUCUGUGUUGCUCUUGAAAUACCUAGAAGAGUUAGGUAAGAAGGAAAUGGACAAAUUUAAAUGGUUUUUGGCACAAGGUGUGGACAAUUAUAACAAAAUACCCCAUGGUAUACUGGAAGAUGCACAAUCAAGGGAAGCUUUAGUGAGCACCCUGAUAUCCAAGUAUGAGCCAGACCGUGCUGGAAGACUCACGGUGCUUGUUUUUAGGAAGAUGGACAAAAACUUCCCUGCAUCGCAGCUUGAGAGUGAUCUUGGGAAAGUGAGUACAACAGUACUAUCAAGCUCCAAGGGAGUGACAUUUGUGGACAAGUACAGAGUAGAGCUCAUUCAGAGAGUAAGGCUGGUGGACCCCAUCGCAGAUGAUCUGAAACCAUUGAUUGGGGAUGAGAAGUACGCAAACAUUAGAAGUUCUCGAACAUCUCAAGACAAGAUGAGGGUACUCUACUCUUUCCUGUCUGGAGGAGCAACAAUAAAGGAGAAGUUCUACGAGAGUCUACUGAAAAAUGAGCUGUACCUGGUAAAAGACUUGGCUGGUGACUCUGUGCCUCAUUGAAGAUGCAACAGAUGGAUCACCAAAGAAUGUUUUAAAACCGUGAUGAUGUGAAAAGUGCUAAAUGUAUAUUUGUAUACUAAAAUCUUGCAAUAUACAAAAAUAUAGCUGGGGUGAAAAAAUAAUAAACAUUGCAAUGUCCAGUAAUGAUCCCCACUUAACCAGUUAGACAUGAAAAUCCUGCUCUAGGAACAUGCCAUAAUCUGGCUAAAAUUAAGGUCAUUCUAAAAAAAAAAUCCUGAUGCAGAAAUAAAUGCAGCAUUUACAUUCAUUGUCUUAUUUUAGAAACAGCCAUUUUUCAACAGCACUGUCAUGAGGUCUGUUAGCCUGGUGGCCUUGUAGUGUAACUGAUUAAUCUGACAGCCAAUCCAUUAAGGUAGUAAUCAUCUUUGUUCAGUGCUAAAAGCAGCACCACAUCAAACAGCUGUAGAAAUUGUAUUAUUAUUGUUAUUUAACUUUUUAUACAACCCCUAGCUAACUAUACCUGAGUCCACCAAUGUAAAGUUACGGGUACACAUUAGCUUGUCUUAGCCUUGAGGCAAUACUAUAACUUCAAUACUGUUAAGUAUUAUAGAAAUGUUGCUGCAUUUUGAUAGUCACAACAUACAGUGCCUUGUCAAUUUAACUACCUGAAUUUUUCAGCAUCCAACAGAUGCUGGAUUUUGGAGGUUAACAGUGGCAAACAAAUUAACUUCAAUAAACAGGCAAGCACAGUA